AUCGUCGCAGACUCAGGCCCGCGCGUCCCUCCCUCGGCGGGGCCGGAGCGGGUCCCUGCGUGGCGCUCGGUUUGCAGCCCCCACGGGCCGCGAGGCUGCCGGGCUGCGGUCCUCCGCGCACCUACUACGCCGCGGGCGCCGCCGCGGGGCGCCGAAGCCUUCGGGUCUUGCAUCACCAUCUGUGUUUUGUAUUAAAUCAUGGGGAGGAAGCUGGAUCUGUCUGGUCUGACAGAUGAUGAAACGGAGCAUGUUCUCCAGGUGGUUCAGCGAGACUUCAAUCUUCGAAAAAAAGAGGAAGAACGGCUGAGCGAGAUGAAGCAGAAGCUGGCUGAGGAAGGCAGCAAGUGCAGCAUCCUCUCAAAGCACCAGAAGUUCGUGGAGCACUGCUGCAUGCGCUGCUGCUCGCCCUUCACCUUCCUGGUCAACACCAAGCGCAGAUGUGCCGACUGUAAGUUCAAUGUCUGCAAGAGCUGCUGCUCCUACCAGAAGCAUGAGAAGGUGUGGAUCUGCUGUGUCUGCCAGCAAGCCAGACUUCUGAGGACCCAGUCUCUGGAAUGGUUCUACAACAACGUGAAGAGCCGCUUCAAACGCUUUGGCAGUGCCAAGGUCUUGAAGAACCUGUAUAGGAAACACCGAUUGGAGAGUGGAGCAUGCUUCGAUAUUCUAGGAGGAAACUUUUUCGAAGCAAACCUGGAGAAUGAAGGAAGUAUUUCGGGCAGUGAUUCAACAUUUUAUAGACAGUCAGAAGGACACAGCAUGAUGGAUACAUUGGCUGUUGCCCUGCGGGUGGCUGAAGAGGCCAUUGAGGAAGCAAUUUCCAAGGCAGAAGCCUAUGGGGACAGUCUGGACAAGCAGAACGAGGCCAGUUACCUUCGGGACCACAAGGAGGAGCUGACCGAGGAACUGGCCACCACUAUCCUGCAGAAGAUCAUAAGGAAACAGAAGAGCAAAGGCGAGCAGCCAAUGGAAGAAGAGCCAGAGUGGUCGCAGCCCCAGAGCAGCAGCGCGGAGGCCGCUGACGAGGGGAUCAUGGCGCCCCCAGGAGGCCCCCAAGCUCCCUCCACCCUCUGGAGGUCCCAGUCUUCGUUCUCACUCCCCAAAGAGGAUGCUCUGAAGACCCCUUCACUGGAAGCCGCAUCGAGGCCACCGAAGGGCCAGGGCCAGCCACCAAGGGAGGAGGCAGCCUUGCCCAGCUGGAAGAGCAUGGACAGGCUGGACGAGACAAACGUGGCCGAGGUUUUGCAGAGCCCUGACGGGAACUGGCUGGCCCUGAAGGAUGGUACUCUGCCACCCACCCGCCUGCUGGCCAAACCCAAGAGUGGCACAUUCCAGGCCCUGGAGGCAGCCUCCAGCGUGGCCUCUGCCUACGACGAGAUGGGCUCAGACAGUGAGGAGGACUUUGACUGGAGCGAAGCUUUGAGCACGCUGUGCCCAAGGCCCCGAGGCCGGCCCAGGAACCCCCAGCCUCAGCCCGCACAGGCCCAGGGCUCGGACCAAGGCCCCUCAGCUGCCUCCUCGGGGCUCUCCCCAAACCCCGAGGCCAUGUGCUCCGACUCAGAGACCUCCUCUGCAGGCUCCUCCCGGGAAGCUGGGCACCGGGCCAGGCUGUCCUGGUUGCAGAGGAAGGCCCCCGGGGACCCUGAAGCCGAGAAGAUGCGCCUGCAGGGAGAGCUGGACGUGAACUUCAACCCGCAGGCAGCCAGCAGGGAGACCUCGGACAGCAGCGAGCCUGAGGAGGCCCCUCACACUGUGGACCGGAAGGCCAGGAGGUGGAGAAGGGCCCGGCUGGGCUCAGAGGAGCCAAGCAAGGAGUUGUCUUCUCCCAACGCCCAUUCCCAGGGGCUGGACGUACAGCAGGUGUCGGGUGAUUUGUCAGAGACGGACAUCGGCAGCGAGGCUCAGCACCCUCGGAGUGGUGUGACAGCCACAGAAGAGAAACUGAGAAACAGGUUGUACGAGUUAGCAAUGAAAAUGAGCGAGAAGGAAACUUCUUCAGGAGAAGAUCAGGAGUCAGAGCCCAAGACGGAGUCUGAGAACCACAAGGAAAGUCUGUCCUCUGAAGACAACAGCCAGGGCGUUCAGGAAGAGCUGAAGAAGAAGUAUUCUGCUGUUUCUCUCUGCAACAUCUCCACAGAAGUCCUAAAAGUCAUCAAUGCCACUGAGGAACUGAUAGCAGAGUCCGCGGGGCCCUGGGAGUUCCCACCUGUCCCUCCUGACAGAGAGAAGGGGACGUUUCCUCUUGGGACAGACCAAGUGAGGCUGGAUGAGCAGCUGACUUCCCUGGAAGAAAAUGUGUACCUGGCAGCGGGCACAGUGUAUGGACUGGAAGGCCAACUGAAUGAAUUGGAGGAUGCUGCCCGUUGCAUCCAUAGUGGCACCAAUGAGACUGAACUGGCAGAUCUGGAGGACCAGGUGGCCACGGCUGCAGCCCAGGUUCACCAUGCUGAGCUCCAGAUUUCUGAUAUUGAGAGCCGAAUUUCAGCCCUGACCAUUGCAGGAUUAAACAUAGCACCGUGUGUGCGCCUUACAAGAAAACGAGAUCAGAAGCAAAGGAACCAGGUACAAACCAUAGACACAUCAAGGCAGCAGAGGAGGAAACUGCCUGCCCCACCAGUGAAAGCUGAAAACAUUGAGGCAUCUUCAGUGACCACCAUGAAAACAUUUAACCGCAACUUCAUUCUCCAAGGCUCCUCAACAAACAGGACUAAUGAAAGAAAAAGCACCACCAAGGAUUUGAUGGAGCCCACUCUAGAGUCUGCUGUGAUGUAUUAGUGCCAUGGAACUCCACUGCCACUGACCCACUGCCUCUGGCCGUACACGACAGUGCCUUGACCCAACAGCCAUCGAAUACUGUACGGAUUUCCACCUGAGGAGAGGGCCUGGGGAGGCCAUGGUGCACCACUGCACAGGGCUGCCCUGAUACCUCACCCAGAAAGCAGUCCCGGACUUGUGCACUGUGGUUUGUCCACUCUCUGCCUUAGGCUCCCAGGGGAAUCCAAGACAGAAAACCGAGAGGCUGGCUUCCAACAGUAGAGCUCCGUGUUCAAAAGAUGCAUCUUUUCCCUGUUCGCUUUGCUACUGUCUCUUGUCUUUAAGAUCUUUUUUCUUUCUUUCUUUCUUUCUUUCUUUCUUUCUUUCUUUCUUUCUUUCUUUUCCUUUCUUUCUUUCUUUCUUUCUUUCUUUCUUUCUUUCUUUCUUUCUUUCUUUCUUUCUUUUAUCCCUCUGAUUCAACUAGAAGUACAUGUGAAGAGUUAUCUGUCCAAAGGAAAACUACUGGGGGGGGGGGGACGGAAGGAAGAGAUGGGUAUUAUCAUUUAAUUCAACAUCAGUUCUUACUAAUCUCUCACAAGCAUCUUUGUCCCACAGGUACUAUGGUAAAAAGUACAAAUGCCCCCUGUAGUGAACAUCGGGACUGUCCUAUUUGGGGAGCACACACCCAGCAAGGAUGCAGGUCUCCCUUCAGCCACUGCCUUCCUGGGAAGCUCCUACCCACCCACCCCCUACAACCAGUCAUUCCCAUCACUUUGCCAUCACAAGCCACGAAAUGGAAAGCUCUGACUCACCCAUGCCAUGUCCAGGUCUAUCAGAAAUAUGGUCUCAUUGAGAAUUCAGGAUUCUUUACUGAACCUAUUGGCAGUUUCCCCGCUCUGAAGGGGAAAGGAGCUUGAGAAAGCCCACCAUUGGCUUAACUUAGGGCACUGUCCAGAAUCCACAUGCAGUUUAGCAAUGACCGCAUCUAAUGGGGUUUAUUUAGGUAAAUGGAUUCUUGCAGACAAUAACCACGUUGAAAAAAUGUUGUCCUCCAAAAUUUAUUUCCCAAUAAAUAUUCAGCAAAACAGUAGAAUGACCUUAAAGAUAACAAUGGUUAAAGAAUCGCCUUGAAAAACUUACAGGCAUGAAAAAAGCAAGGAUAAACUGAAUUUAAUGGACACAAGAGCCGACACGAGCUCCACAUUUGUGGCCUUGAAUGCAUGACUAUGUAGAGUGUGUGUAUAAAAGCAAAUGGAAUGGAACUUCACUCAAUGAAUUAAAUCUGUCCCUGAUACAUUCUGAAUCUAAGGAAGAGAGGAAAUGAGAGUCAAGGGGAUAGUUCGAUCAAAAUGUAUUAAAUGACUGCUUUCAGGGAGGUAAUUUCUUCUCAUUUUAAUCCUUAGAGCAACCCUCUUCAGUAGGUAUCCCCAUUUUUCAGAUUUGGAAACUAAGAGGGCCAGAGAGAUUAGUUUGCUAAAGUCACACCUUGAAGUUAAGUAUAAUCGGAAUGCUUCACAAAAGCCUCACUGUUUGUUUCAACUUCUAUAUUCUUUUGCUGCUAUGCACAUUCCCAGACCUGAUUUGCUGCUGAGAUGUGUGUUAUGAUCCCUUCCUGAUGGGGGUCUACCUAUCUUCCAGUGAUACUCCCUGCUGACGCUGUGUAUGUGUUAUCCAACAGAAAUGACUCCUUUGAAAUAAAGUCAGUCUUUGGCUUUUUGUUCUGUUGGUGUGACUCAAAGCAGACAAAUACAAAUUUUAAAAACACAACAAAAAAAGAUCUGAGUUCCAAACAGAAUGUUUUCUUUAAGAGGCAUGAAAAGCAACUAUUGUUGUGUUACAGUGUUAAAAUAUUCAGUUUCCUUUGACAAAAAUGUGUACUGUGUAAGCCUUGCAAAAAAAAAAAAAAAAGAAGAAGAAGAAGCCUGCUCUAUGGCAUUUGAAAUUUUAUAAAGGUUUCCUUGUGCCAAAUAAGUGCAAAGAUUUAAUUUACUAUUAAAAACCAUAAGCAUAUGUUAUAGUUUCAGAAGAAUUAUUUUGUCAUCAAGUGAUUUUGAUCUUCAGUGUCAAUAUUUAUAUUUAGAUUAAUUUUUAUAAAUGAAAAUAUUUUAAUGGUUUAAGAAAAUGAGGACAAUAGGACCAUAUCUUUGAUGACUUCUGAAAGUUAUGCUUGCCUUCAUGUUAUCUGCACAUUGCCAAGAAUUACUGUAAAGAGAAAUGAUAAAGAAGUAAAAGUCAUUUAUG